GUCAAUGUCGUGCCAUAUCUGCAAGGCACGAUUAGCUUUGCCAAAGUCAGUGUAUCUCUCCUGAAAGGGUUGCUGCCAUUUCCCUCUUACCUAGUCGGGCCCUUGAGUUUUCUUUGUUCCUUCAUUACCGCUCGACCGCCGUUUGCUCAACAACAAAGGACUUGACCUAGCCCUGAACUCGUCGUCCUAGAGAUCUUCGACAACCCCCCCCUCCCCUCCGGUCUUGCCGCUUUCUUUAUAGAGAGGCCCAUGUUCCUUUGCUGCUGGCGACGAUGAACAUUUUUAAAUCCGUUAUGCGUAAGCAGGAGAUGGCGUCCAAUCCCGCUGCCGACGACACCUGCUGUGCGAUAUGUUACGAAAAGGUCGGCGAAGUCAAGGAGGAGGGCGACCGGGAGGUAUGGCGAUACCUGCCCUGCGGCCACCGCUUCGGCGGCGACUGCAUACAACACUGGCUCGGCGUCGCCAGCGUCGAUGAGCCGCACUGCCCGUGGUGCCGGGUGAGCAUGCGAUGCGACUGCGGACACCCUGUGGUACCAACGACGAAGCCGACGCGGAACUACAUGUACUGGGGUUGGAUGCCGUGCGAAAUAUGCCACGCCCAGCUCCAGCGUUCUCGCAAGACCUCGAAAUACUUCCGCGGCCAGCUCCUGCCGCGGCUCAACUCGCUCAUUCACUCGCUCGACCACAACAUGGCCUCCAUUCCAGCCGAGGUGCCCAAGGAGCAGGAAGAGACGCCGACCAAGGAGCCAUGGGAGGACCGCGAAGUGUGGAGGAAGAAGUGGACGGAGCAUUUUUUGCAAGAGGAUCGCAAGGCGUCCGCGUCGAAAUCGCCUAGGAAAUAGCAACCGUUGUAUCAUGGCGAUGCGGGCAUUCCACCACAGAGCAGCAAGACGGGGUUGGUCAGAGUGAAGGACUCGGCCACGACUCAUUUUUUCACCAAGUCGAUUCUGUGAAAGACACACAGCAUUUCAGCGGAUGAAACAUUUGGCAUCAUGACAAGUCGGUCCUAAGGUGGCUGUUCAUCGGCCGCGUCUCACAGAGGACAAGAUGGGGCAAACGGAGAGAGAGAGAGUGAGAGAGCACCGGAGGCAUAUUCGGAUGGGAGCAUGAUAACUUUUGACGAAGCCGCAUAAGGCUAUGAGAUACAGCAGAUGGUAUAGCUGACGGAUUUCAUAUGUCCAUAUCCGCAAAGAUUUCAUUUUUCCGCGCUCCAUGACAUACAUUCACACAGCCUUGAUCAUUC